GUUGUGUUUUAUUUUUGACGUUUUCGUUUUUCAUUUUCAGUUUGGAGGUUGGAAAUAGUAUUUAAUUGGUGUAGAUUUUUGGCAUAUUUAAAAUAUCAAUUUUCUUGAUAAAGUUUAAACGUCAUUUUUGGAAAGUCCAUUCAAAGGAAUCCCAGCCAUUGAUAUUGAAUGAGGGUAAAACAAGAUAUAUAACAUUACCAGUAUGGAUAAACUAAGAAGAGUACUGAGCGGUAAUGAUUCUGCUGAUGAGGAGAGCGGUAUUAUGGCUCAAUUGGAUGGUGCUUCCACUUUCAGUUGGUCCACACGAAUCAAAGGCUUUUUAGCAUGUUUCAUAGUUGGCAUUCUUCUAUCAUUUUUGGGUUCAUUUGCCUUAUUUUUACAUAAAGGCUUAACAGUAUUUGCAGUAUUUUAUACACUUGGAAAUAUUACCUCAAUACUCAGUACAUGUUUUCUUAUGGGCCCUUUCAAUCAGAUCAAGAAAAUGUUUGCUCCCAAUAGAUGUAUUGCUACAAUAUUAGUGAUAGUUUCUUUUACGCUGACACUGAUUUCAGCUUUAGUGUUGCAUAAGGCUGGUCUGGCACUUUUAUUUAUCAUCAUACAGUCCCUGGCAAUGACCUGGUACUCCUUAUCUUAUAUACCGUAUGCAAGAGAUGCUGUUAAGAAAACAGUAAUGACCUGUGUGGUAUGAUAAUUAGGUGAAAAUGUGUCUCGCGUAGAUUUUAACAGGGCGUAUUCAAAAUUUCACCAGUGAUUGUUAUUUAUAUUUGAGGGAACAAGAUUCUUGAAAACUUGUGGAGCAUUAUAUACUAGGGUGAUCCCAGAAGUCCCCAGCCCAACAACACGAAGCUAUUUUUUCAUGUUUGGGAACAGAAAAUAAUCCGAGGGGGCUAAAUCUAGCGAAUGGGGUGCAUGAGGUAGCAAUUCAAACUUUAAUUUGUUGAUUUUGGUCAUUGCGACGAUGGAUUUGUGAGCUUGAUGAAACAACACUUUUUUCUUAGCCAACUGCGGCUGUUUUUGCUUGAAUUCGUCACUCAAAUGUUGCAUAAUACUCGCCAUCGAUAGUUUUACUUUUUUAAGAUAGUCAAUGAAAAUUAUCCCACCCGCAUCCCAAAAAACCGAUGCCAUUACCUUACCUGCAGGUGGAAACGGUCUUCUCCUUUGUAGCCGGUUCUCCCUUUUGAGUCCACUGUUUUGAUUGUUCUUUUGUGUGGGGUGUAAAGUGAUGGACCCAUGUUUCAUCCAUGUUUAUGAAAUGACGCAAGAAUUCUGCUUUGUAGCAGUGAAACUUCGUAAACACUCAAUUGAAACAUCUUUACGACAUUGCUUUUGCUCGAGAGCGAGCAAACACGCCACCCAUCUUUCACACAGCUUUCUUAAGUCCAAAUUUUCAGAUAAUAUAUGAUCUACCGCACUUUUUGAAUUGCCAUCUCGCGCACUUUCAGUCGACGAUCAUUCAGUAACGCUUUGUUAAUUUUCUUCACCGUUUUUGGAGUCGUUACCUGAUUUGGUUUACAACUGCGAUCCUUGUCUUGACAGCUCUUACGGCCUGGUUUAAACUCUGCUCCCCAAUAUUUUACUGUUGUAAAAGAAGGAGCACUCACCCAGAGUAGAACCCAGUUCAGCUUUUAUAUCGGUUGGGCCGAGUUCUUUCAAAUAAAAGUAUUUCCAUUUUCACAAAUUCACCGAAAAGGUUCGCUGAAAGCUGCCAAGCGAAUACUAAACAACGCAGCGUCUUCAAACUUGAAGCAUGCUGUAUAGAUUGUGUACUUUAUAAUAUACUGAUAUUUUUCAAACUACUACAGCCAUCUUUAGGUCAGCCCGUGUACUUCUGGGACUACCCUCGUAUAUGGCGCUAUAUUUCAAGAACCAAACCAUUUUAAUUGUUAUGUUUUUGUUGAAUCACUUGAAAUUUAUUGUGUAGUCAUAAAACAGUGUAUGAUCCUAGUCUAUAAGCCAAUCUGGCAAAUAUUUUAUAUUUCAGAAAUAAUGUAGCAAGUUAUAUCAACCGAAGUAUUUCAUCAUCAUUUCUAUAUCAUGUAAAAAUUUAUAUCCAGAAAAAAUUAUUUGUGCCUUUCUCCAUUGAUGUGUUCUCGAGUUUUCCAUUGGUACAAAAUGAACAAUUUUUAUUUAUGUAUUUUCACUUUUGGUAGCUUCUCUGAAACAAUAUUUUCCAUACAAAAUCAAUAUUGAUUCUCUUCAUAUUUCAAUUGUGAAAAAAGUGAUGAGAUUUUGGAAGGGUUCAACCAACGGGGAUGAAGAUUUCAGUUAAUAUCAGUUUCUUUGUGAGCCUUAGGCUGAGCAUAUAACUAUUUGCCUGUCCUCUAUUCAAUAUUAGGAGGUACAAUUCAACAGUAUGAAAUUAUAAUUGGUAUAUGAUUUAUUAUUAGAAGUAUUGUACAGAUUUUCUAUAAGACUGGGCUAAUAGAGCCAAAAUAUAAAACUGAGGAAGAGAUCUAUGUCUAUUUUAUGAUGAUGUUUGUGAAAUAAAUAUGAUUUGCUAAUAAA